AUGGCUACGGAACGGCGUAUCAAGUCGCUCAAAAUGCGACUUCGAAGUAUCGAGACGUCGUUCAACCUGAUCAAAGUCUUCGUUGAAAACUUCGACGAAGAAACUCAGUCGAUGGAAGUUCCCGUUCGGCUGGAAAACCUGGCCGUGUUGUGGAUGGACUUCGGCAAAACGCAAGCCGAACUCGAAGCCGCUGAUGUUGACGACAAUGAGGUGAUGGAACAUCAGCUAAAGCAGCGGGCCCAGUUCGAGACUGACUACUACCGGGUGAAGGGUUUCUUGCUGUCCGUGAAUAAAAGUACAUCGCCUCAGAGCUCCCAAUCUUGUCACUCCGGUGCGCAUUUCCCUACUUCUUCGCAAAUUCGGCUCCCAGAUGUGAAACUUCCUGUUUUUAAUGGCGCUCUCGAAAAUUGGUUGAAUUUCCAUGAUUUAUUUAUUUCGUUGGUGCAUUCGUCGACUGAAUUGUCCAAUAUUCAAAAGUUUUAUUAUUUGCGUUCAUCAUUAGCGGGGGAUGCGUUAAAGCUGGUACAAACGAUUGCGAUUAGCGCCAAUAAUUACCCAGUUGCGUGGAACUUGCUGAUAGAUCACUUCCAAAAUCCUGCACGUUUGAAACAAGCCUAUGUCGACUCCCUUUUUGAGUUUGCUCCGUUGAAAAAGGAAUCUGCAAGUGAUCUUCAUUCUCUGGUGGAACGAUUCGAAGCUAAUGUCCGCAUCUUGAAGCAGUUGGGAGAGAGAACCGAGUUUUGGGACGUGUUGCUGAUUCGUAUGCUCAGUAUUCGUCUCGACCCCACUACACGAAGGGAUUGGGAAGAAUUUUCGUCGACUCAUGAGGCAGCUACCUUCCCAGAUCUGGUCAGCUUUCUUCAGCGGAGGGUCACAGUUUUGCAGAGUGUGAGCAACGUUCAACUGGACACUUCAUCGUCUUCGGCACCCAAAAAACCGGUCCAUCGAUCAGCAAUCAUCAGCAAUGGAGCCACUCAAUUCUCACCUCGCCAAUGUUUCGCCUGCUCUGAACACCAUCCACUUUAUCUAUGCCAGACGUUCGCCAAGAUGACCAUCGAAGACAAGGACAAACUAGUACGCCGUCAACAACUCUGUCGGAACUGCCUACGGAAGGGACAUCAAUCCAGGACUUGUCAAUCGAAAAACUGCUGUCGAAAAUGCCGAGGGCGCCACCAUAGUCAACUAUGCAGCACAGGUACCAGCCAGGGUGAAUCCAGCAAGCCGAGAGCGGAGGGGAAUGCGUCCAGGGAUCCUGACCCUCCCAGCCAAGAAGUGUCAUCGUUAUCUGCAGCAGUCGGGAAACUUCCCAAGAAGGGUCACCCUAACAAGGUGCUUCUAGCAACGGCCGUGAUCAAACUGACGGAUGAUUACGGCAAUACUCACUUCGCCAGAGCGCUCCUCGACUCGGGUAGCGAAUGCAGCUUCAUCACCGAGUCAUUUGCGCAAAAACUCAAAGUUCGUCGCACCAAAGUUCACCUCUCCAUCUCUGGAAUUGGCCAGUCAUCCACUCAAUCUCGCUCCAAGCUUCGCACCACCAUUCACUCUCGAGUUACCGGAUUUUCGACCAUCGUAGAGCUCCUCGUAUUACCAAAACUCACUCUAAGUUUGCCAUCCGCCACUUUAGACAUUUCUAAUUGGAACCUUCCGAAAGAAAUUCAGCUCGCAGAUCCUAACUUUUACCAAAGCAACCCUAUCGACAUCGUCCUUGGUGCAGAAAUAUUCUUCGAUCUUUUCAAACCGCCUGGCAGAAUUCCACUUGGAGAUUCACUGCCUGUUCUUGUGAAUUCUGUUCUGGGAUGGGUUGUUUCUGGGAAAGUUACCAACUCUACUGCUACAAGCUCCGUUAUCGCCAAUCUUGCAACCGUCGCAGAUAUUUAUCGCCUCAUGCAACGAUUCUGGAUCAUCGAAGAGGCAGAUUCAGCUCCUUGUAUGUCGGUGGAAGAAGCAGCCUGCGAAAAGCACUUUUCGCAGAACGUUCAACGCACCCCAGAAGGUCGAUACAUCGUUCGAUUGCCGUUCAAGAAACCUGUUUCCAGCGUAGGCGACAAUCGCAGCAUCGCACAACGUCGAUUUCGGAUGGUCGAGUCUUGCUUGCAACGAGACACCAAUCUACAGGCUCAGUAUCACGACUUCAUGGCCGAAUACGUCACCUUAGGACACAUGCAGCGAGUAGACACUUCUACUCCACCUACCCAGCAAUAUUACUGUAAAAUCCUCGAUCUCCGAUGA